AUGAUUGCGUUCCUUACGUUGUUCGCCUUGCCGUCGGUGGCCUCUUCUCUGUCGCUUCACAAGGCAGAAGCCGAGGAAGGGGCAGGCGACAUGCUGUUCGCCUUGUCGUCCGAGGGCGCAUCCCAGAAAACGGAGGCCGAAGAGGGGGCCGGAGACAUGCUGUUCGCCCUGUCGUCCGAGGCCGAGGCCCAGCAGGCUGGGGAGCGGGCCGAGGACGAGUACACCUCGGUGAGCAGCCUCCUCUCCGAGGCGGAGGCGCUUCUGCAGGAGGAGGUGGCGAGCGAUCGUGAGGCGGCCGAGGAGGAGAUCGCGCUCCUGCAGGAGGUCGAUGCCGACGAGAGGGUGGCCGAGGAGGAGAUGGAUGCGGAGACCGAUCCCGAGGCGCCCGCAGCCGAGGCCGCCCCAGCAGCGGAGGAGGCGCCCGCCGCAGCCGCCGAGGCGCCCGUCGCAGAGGCCGCUCCGGCGCGCGAGGCGGCCGUCGCGGAGAGCUCCGAGGGUGCCGCCGCCAACACCUCGGAGAACGCCACGGAGGUGCAGGCGGACGAGAACCAGAGCAGGGCCAACCUGUCCACGUACUUCGACCCGAAGCUGAUGGCCAUCUUCCGGGAGAAGCAGGCGCACCUGAAGGAGACGAUGAAGGACUUCAUGGUGUCGAAGAAGGAGCUUGACGUAGCCAAGCUGGCCGCGAAUUUGGCGAUGAAGAAGCUGAGGCUGGCGACCGAGAAGCGCAGGAAGAUCCUGAUGGGCGAGAGGAUGGCCGAGGCCGAGGAGCGUCGGGCGAUCAAGGAGAGCCGGCGGCAGGCCAAGACGGACAUGACGGCACGCGCGGAGCAAUUGCUGGCGGAUUCUUUGGGCGGUCUCUCGGGUGUGAACAUGAGCUACAUGGUGGACGUCGUCCUGGCCCUGCCGGAGGCACUGCAGGACGAGGAGUUUGUGGAAGACUUCCGCAACGUGACAAAAAGGGUGGACGUGAAUGUCCGGAAGUUCCUGGACCAGACUCAGCAGAAGACCACCCAGUUCGUCAAAGACAGCACUUCCGCCUCUGACGUGGAGCUGCGCUUCAUCAUGGCGAAGUUCUUCCACGAGUCGGGCUUCCGCCUCCGCGGGCUGCACCAGGACAGCCUGAAGGCCAUCCAGAUGCUCAGGCGCACGGUGCCCGAGGACUUGGAAAGGGCGCUCUUCCCGUUCCUCGGGCAGCUGAACGCCAACACGGUCCGCCUCAGGAUCAAUGCCACCAGCCUGGCCACCGCCACCCCGAAGGAGGCAUGCGACCAGAUCACUCAGAUCAUGGCAAACGUCAGCGAUUUCGAUUCAAUUGGAGACCAUCGGCAAGGUGAUCGAGAACGUGUCCACGAGGGUGCUGCCCAACAUGGAGAGGACUCUGCAGGUCUCGCCGAACAUCACCACCUUCGUGGGCUCUUUCCUGAACAUGGCGCGCCUGGAGGUGGGCGGCUUGCAGGAGGCGGCCCACAGCAUGGUCACGCGGGCCAGCCCCAUAAUCGCUGA